UCAUUCCAUGAUUAUGUGUUCCUGAACACUAACAACCCUAGGGGAAUGCCCUAUGGCCACUCCCUUUAUUCGAAUAAAGUAAAAGGACUCCUCAGUCUCCUUUUUGGACAUAAACCUCUGGUGUUUGUGGAUUAAUUUUCCUGACACCCCUUUAGCGGGGGAUUUGGAGCCUAGUGCAAGCUAGGCUUGCAAAAAAGACAAGCAAAAAAGACAGUCCCAUGCGGCUACGCUUUGCUAUAACCUUCUUCCCCAGCUUUCAAGGACACAAAGGACCAGGGAACUGGAGCCGCUUCACAAGACUGUGAUGAAAUCUCCACUAUCGGGUGUCCAAGAAUUCACACUUCAGGCUUGACAGAGCUCAACGGAACGCCCCGAGUCCCCGAGCACACGAGCGCAGCGGCGGCCGGGGCGGGUUCCUACCGGGCUGCCCCAGCCCCGGGGCCGCGGGGGCUCGGGGCGAACCCCAGGUAACGGCGGCCGGAACAGCAUGGCCGCCCCCGAGCCACGCAGGCCGGGCGUCACUGGGACGCGCUUGGCACAGGAAGCGCUGGGCAACUCACCGGGGAAAAGGCGACCUGCCCUCGCUUCCUUCUCCGCCUUCAGCUUCGUCCCGCCCAAACGGGAAGGGCCUCCGGAGCUCAGCUAUUUCAGCCGGCCGUACAAGACAGGAGAUUUUUUCACCUAUGAUGCCGUUUUUAGAAUACCAGAAGAUUACAACCAAUAUCUUCCGCGAUGUGACAGAAAACAUGCAAAGGGUCGUGGCCUUAAAAUUCAUGAGGAGGAAAUGGCAAGACCUGUUCCUGUGGUGACAUCUUCAGAGUAUGGGAAGCACAUACAUAAACCCUUAGACCCAGCAACUGGCGAGCAUGCAAGGGUUUAUAGCCUGCAUGCAGCAAUCUACGGAGAAGGCAGCCACCCUGCUCAUUGAAAAAACUCCAGGCCUGGAUCCGUGUGAAAUCUUUUGUAUCUGUCACCACCUGCAACAGUUAUCUGGAAAAAAAACCAAAACACUUUGAAAAACAAUAUGGUGCUUUUGCCUUUUUCUUUACAGUUUAAUUAAUGAGAACGAUCUGGAUUAAAAGUAGGGUGAAAUAG